AGCCCGAGUGCCCGCGGAGUCUGGCCGGGAUGGGAGCGGCGGCGAACCCCGCGUUCGUGUCAUUGCGGAGCGGCGGCGGCACCCGGAGCCCGGCGAGGCGGCGGCGGAGCUCGGAGCGGCUCCAGCCCAGGCUGCCACCAGCGCCGCUGUAAAGCCGCUCCCGAGGCCGAGCUCCCAAAGGCUUUGCCAGCGCUCCUGAUGUCUCCAGAGCAAGGUGCUGAUUGUUCCGAAGAGAGUGAUUCUGGCUGUGAGCUGGAGGAGAGUGAAUCCUGCUCUAUUCAUGGGCUGGAGAAGGAGCCCCAGCACCUCCAGGACGGACCGGCAGCCGGGGUUCCGCACUUGCCUGGAGCACAAGAAGCCACUCGGCACAAGCAGGGGGAUGCCCCUUGUGAGCGCGCAGUGAGUGAAGAUGUGGAGAGUGGAUUCUGCAGUAGGGAUGGGAGUGUGAGGGAGCCCCUGGCUCCCCAGGGCACAUCAGCAACCGGCAACAAACACAAAAGGGACCUCAGAAGAUUCCUGGGUGAACGGCUCAGGCGCCAUCCCGUGGGCACGGCGCUGCUGAUCCUGCUGCUGCUGCUGCUGCUGCUGGCUCUGCUGGUGGCCUUGGCUGUGCUGGCAGCUCCGCAGGCUCCAGUGACAGCUGCCACUCCACAGUGUGUUCUGUGCUGUCCCCCUGGCUGGGUUGGCUACAAUGGGGUCUGCUACGGCUUCUCAAGGGAUUACGGCACCUGGGAGCAGGGUCAGGAACGCUGCUCCCAGCUGAACGCCUCCCUGGCCAUUGCCAAGGAUGAGGGGGCCAUGGAUUUGCUCUUCCGCCUCCGCGGGAACGGCGAUUACUGGCUCGGGCUGCGCAGACGGGGCCAGCGCCUGCACUGGGGGGACGGCAGCAGCUACAGCUCCCGGGUUCCUGUCUUUGGCGAUGCCGAGUGCGUGUUCCUGGCUGACAAUUCUUUGAGGAGCGAGUUCUGCUCAAAUCCGCGGCCGUAUGUCUGCAGCAAGGCCCCAGCUCCCCUGUGACGGGGGCUGCAGAAAGGACCUUCUCCACGCUGGGCAGUGCCAGCUUCCCCUCUCAGCGCAGCCCAGGGCUGUCCUUCCUCAGCUGCACCCUGUGCCUUGCACUGCCUCUCAGGGUCACCUCAGUGCCUCUCCAUCCCCAGAGCCA